AUGGCUUGGUUUUUUGUUAGCAUUUUUGUAAGGGAAAAGAUGGAUGAAAAAAUUGUAAUUCAUAGCCACACUAAGAAAUUUUAUGCAUCGGUUUUCCCGCAGUUUUUGGAACUUUUUUCUUUAUCUCAAGAUGUCUACACACGAUAUCCCUAUGUCAUUAAAGUCAGAGUGACUUAUAGAUUUUUCCGUACUAGGUCAGAUCAGAACCAGCUAUGGAGUAUGUUGAUGAUAGUAACGAGAGCAGUGCGCAAGAUAUUUCAGAAUCGAUAUCAAAAGUUAUUUCACAUCCGCGGUAAUAGUUAUAAUAGUAAAGAAAGGCUAUCGGACUUGUUGCCACGCUGUCCUUGGCGGGCCGAGUAUUUAAAUGAAUAA